GCAUCGUGGACACAGGCCUUUAGUGACCUUCCCCCACCACUGGAGUCUCCAGACCUGCGUACGACCAUGGUUCCACCAAUCAAAAACGCGCCCACGUGCUCAAGGAACAUAACCUUUAAUAAUCUCGUGUUUCACGUGUAUUCGUGCGUUGUCUUCUUGUUCAGCAUUAAAAUUGUGCCUGGAUUAUUCUGGUUGUACAAGUUUUAUAUUUGAACAUCGGCUCUACGCCGCGAUCACCACAAACAUGUCCCGUUUAAUAGUGAAAAAUUUACCAAAAAGUGUCACAGAUGCCAGAUUGAAAGAAUUAUUCAGUCAAAAGGGUAUUGUGACUGAUGUACAACUGAAGUACACGAAAGAUGGAAAGUUUCGACGAUUUGCAUUCAUCGGCUACAAAACGGAGGAACAAGCGCAACUAGCGCAAUCCUAUUUUGAUCAAACAUGCAUCGAUACUUGUAAAAUAUCUGUUGAGCCCUGUGCAAACUUAGGUGAUCCCUCAAAGCCAAGAUCGUGGAGCAAGUAUGCAAUCGAUAGUUCUUAUAAUAAAGCUAAGACAUCUGACAGCAAGUCAGAGGAAGAAAGACCGACAGAUUCGGCAGGAAAGAACGAUACAGGGGAAACUAAGAAGAAAAGCGACACGAAGAAGAAAAAGGCGAAUAAAAAGGAGAAGGAUGAAAUGAAGAAAGCACUCGAGAAGCACAAGGAUGAUCCUUUAUUUAUGGAGUUCCUUGAAACACACACUAGUAAGGAUGCAAAGGCAGUUUGGAAGAACGACAUUGAUGUGCCAUUGAAAGAGGAAGCCACCGAGGGAUCUGAUGACGAGUCUGCGGAUGAGGAAGAUGAAUCUAAGAAAGAUGCAGAAAGAGUAACACUCUCAAGUGGAAAAGACGAACCUGAAUGGUUACGUCAGAGUAAAAUAAAGUCUCUAACGAAAGAUGCAUCCAAGUAUGGUCCGUUAACGUUCUACACUGUGAAAGUGCGUGGACUUGCGUACACACACGUGAAGAAGCACAUUAAACAAUUAUUCCGUCCCAUAAAGCCGAAAUCUAUACGAGUCCCGCCCAAGAUUAAAGGUAUAGCUUAUGUAGGGUUCAAAACGGAGCAAGCCAUGAAGAAGGCUCUUAUGAAAAAUAAGAGUUUCCUAGAUGGAAAACAGAUAUUUGUAUCCAAAUACGAGCGAAAAGAGGCAGUAGAGUCUAACACGAACUCGUGUAACAAUACCAAUAUUAAGUGGAAGAAGCAACAGGAAGCCUUAAAAAACGAAGAGAGUAUAGCAGAAUCUGGAAAAAUGUUUAUCAGAAAUCUGACGUAUACAACUACGGAGGAUGACAUCAGAAAACUAUUUGAAAAAUUUGGUCCUCUGUCGGAAGUCGAUUUACCUGUAGAUAGAAUGACUAGAAGGCUAAAAGGAUUUGGCACAGUAACGUUCCUGAUGCCGGAGCAUGCUGUAAAAGCUUACAGUGAACUGGACGGUUCUGUACUGGAUGGUAGAAUGUUACACAUCCUUCCCGGAAAGGCAAAAGCCUCCCCGGAGCAGAUCGAUACUGAAAAUUUAACUUACAAAGAAAAGAAAGAACUGCAAACAAAGGCAACUGCGGGCUCGUCACAUAAUUGGAAUACGCUGUUUCUCGGACAGAACGCCGUGGCAGACGCUAUCGCGAGCCGCUACAACACGUCGAAGGAGAAGUUACUGGAAGACGGAUCGAAUGGAAUGAGCGCCGCGGUCAAGCUGGCGUUAGGAGAAACCCAACUGGCUCAAGAUACAAGGGCUUUUUUGGAGGAGAACGGCGUGUGCUUGGACGCUUUUAAUGAAACGCCAAAGAAGAGAUCAACCACCAUAAUCUUAGCGAAGAAUUUACCAGCUCAGACAAAACCGAGCGAACUACGAGAAAUGUUUGCCAAGCAUGGAGAGCUCGCGCGUAUCGUAAUGCCACCGGCGGGUAUAACAGCACUGAUCGAAUUUCUGGAGCCGUCUGAAGCCCGCAAGGCUUUCCGUGCAUUAGCUUAUACAAAAUAUAAGUAUCUACCAUUGUAUCUGGAAUGGGCGCCAGAUAAUAGUUUCACUACGCCCGCUAAGACUAAGUUAACUAAAAGUAAUACGAGUACAAAAGAAUCAGCAGAUUCGGAAGAAGUUAAAGGUAAAGUAACGAUAAGCAAAUCUAAAGAAAAUGAGAAUAAUACGCGUAAAAAGGAAGAUGACGAACCGCCCGAACCAGAUACAACGCUUUUUGUGAAGAAUAUAAAUUUCUCAACUACGGAAGAACAGUUGAAAGAUUACUUCGGUAAAUGCGGUCCUCUCCAUUAUGUUACAAUAGCAACAAAAAAGAAUCCAGAAAAUCCUGCUGAAAAAUUAUCCAUGGGAUAUGGAUUUAUAAGGUUUAAAAGGAAACUCGACGCAGACCGUGCAUUAAAAACGUUGCAAAUGUCAGUACUCGAUGGAAAGAGCAUAGAAUUGAAACGAUCUGAGAGGACACUAAUGUCCGACGUUAAAACAACGAGAAAGAAGUCUAACAUCACCGAACAAACGGGCACUAAAAUUGUAGUACGAAAUAUACCCUUCCAAGCAACUGCCCAGGAAGUGACGGAAUUGUUCAAGUCAUAUGGUGAGUUGAAGGCCGUACGAUUGCCAAAGAAACUGGUCGGAAUUGAGAAGCAUAGAGGAUUCGCCUUCGUCGAAUACUAUACUAAAGCAGAUGCAAAGAAAGCAUUUACAGCACUGUGUCAAAGUACUCACUUGUACGGUCGAAGAUUAGUACUUGAGUGGGCACAGAUGGAGGAAGAUAUUGAGGACAUUAGGAAACGUACUGUAAAACGCUUUUACCAAGAUAAUUCGACGAAAAGCUUUAAGAAAUCCAAAUUAGAUCCCGAAAGCGUUGGUCUCGAAUUAAAUUCGGCUCAAAAAUAUAAUUUCUAAAUUAUUUUCAAAAUUAUUCAAAUACAUGUUAUUUAAAAAAUAACUCGCAAAUUAUUUAAUACACAUUACAUAUUAAGGUAGGUAAGCAAGAAAGAUUUCGAGUGCGGGCCUGGAUAGCUCAGUCGGAAGAGCAUUUGCCCGGCAAGGUUCGAAUCCUGGUCUAGUCCUAGCAGUUAUUUUUCUUGCCGAAAAAUUAAUAAGUGACGCGUCUUAAAUAUCCGUAUACAAUUUAUAUCAAUUUCUUUUUACAUUGACCAGAUAUUCAGGUUGGUCAAUUGAAAGUUGAAAGUAUUUUUAUUACGCGACAUUAAUCUUCGUAUCACGUUUAAAUGGUAAUCGAAGACACGACGGGAGUGCCACAUUUUUAUCACAUCGCGUGAUUUUACUUGAACGUUAAUUUGAAAUGUAGUAGAAAGAGUCGCAAAUAAUCAUUAGUUAUUAUAUUAUUAUACAUAUAUACAUAGAGUUAUAUAUUUUAUAUAUAAACGUGUAAAAAAAGUCUUGUUUCAUCUUUGACAUAAAGUUAACCCCGUUUCUCUCUUCAUUUUUGUGUAUAUUUUAAUUGUGCAAAAAAUUUUGCAGAUCUAUAAAGCCAAUUCAAAUUAUCUUUAGGGAAAACAAUGUCAGUAAUUACUAUCACUUUAGAAUCUCCUUAAAUGUGACGUUUUUUCUUAUUUUUCCAAGGAACAGAUCUAGUUACCAUUGAUGCGAUGUAUUAAAUAAUGGUACUCAAAAAGUUCCCUGGUCUAAAGGCCUGUGUCCACGAUUCUAGAAGUUGAUCCAAGUUCUAGCAUCGUGGACACAGGCCUUGAGUGCUUUUCAAUUUACUUCGACAAUCUUUUCAGAUCUUUUCUUAACUUCACAUUCCUGAAAACAAGAAUCAGUCAAGUCUAAAGGAGAUUGCAGAGAUUUUAGCCAAGUUUUUCUGUCAAAAUUGCUGAACAAAAAGAAAUCCAGAUUUUUCAUCGUGUCAAAUCAAAUAUAGAUCGCAAUAUAAUAAUUAAUAAAUUUAGAUUCAACGUAUCUUUUAAUACAAUUCUUUAAAACCAUUUUAUAUACAUACGUACGUGCAACAGGAUUUUGUCUUUAUAUUGUACGUAUAUAAAACAUUUUUUAUAUAAUAUUUAAAUCUCAAUUAUUACAGCUGUGUCUAUACGUUGUUUCUUAGGGUAUGUAUAAUAAAUAUAAUAUCGUGUAUCAUCAAA